AUGUCUGGUCGCUUACUUGAUUUGUUUAAGCCGUUCGAGGCUUUCCUUCCUGAAGUGAUUGCGCCGCAGAGGAAGGUUCCGUACAACCAGAAAUUGAUAUGGACUGGUGUAUCUCUGCUUAUCUUCCUGGUGUUGGGCCAAAUGCCAUUGUAUGGUAUUGUCUCGAGUGAGACGUCAGAUCCAUUGUAUUGGCUACGUGCGAUGUUGGCAUCUAAUCGUGGUACUUUGAUGGAAUUGGGUGUUUCGCCGAUUAUCACUUCCUCCAUGAUCUUCCAGUUCUUGCAAGGAACUCAGUUGUUGCAGGUUGACAUGCAGAACAAGCAUGACCGUGAGCUGUUCCAAAUCGCCCAAAAGGUUUGUGCGAUUGUGUUGACGUUUGGCCAGGCUGUUGUUGUCGUGCUGUCUGGUAACUACGGAAGACCAGGUGACCUCGGGAUCGCUAUCUCUUUGCUGUUGAUCUUUCAGCUGAUGUUUGCUUCGUUCAUUGUUCUGUUGCUAGAUGAGCUGUUGUCAAAGGGCUACGGGUUGGGCUCUGGUAUUUCUCUGUUUACCGCUACAAAUAUCGCAGAGCAGAUCUUCUGGAAGGCAUUGGCGCCAACUACAGUCAACUCUGGCCGUGGUAAGGAAUUUGAAGGCGCCAUGAUUGCGUUCUUUCAUUUGCUUGCGGUCAGAAAAGAUAAAAAAAGAGCUCUGGUGGAGGCAUUUUACAGGGCUAACCUGCCAAAUAUGUUUCAGGUUUUGGCUACAGUUGUUGUCUUUCUGUUCGUGCUGUAUUUGCAAGGUUUUCGUUAUGAGUUGCCAAUCAGAUCGACCAAGGUCAGAGGUCAAGUUGGCACGUAUCCAAUCAAGCUAUUCUACACGUCUAACACGCCUAUCAUGCUGCAGGCUGCGUUGACGUCCAACAUCUUUCUAAUUUCGCAGAUCUUGUUCCAAAGGUUCCCAUCAAACCCUCUAGUUCGUCUCAUUGGCGUUUGGGGCGUUAAACCAGGUCAACAAGGUCCACAACAAGCCUUGAGCGGGUUGGCUUAUUACAUCCAACCUCCAACCUCCUUGAAAGAGAUUCCUUUGGAUCCAAUCAAAACUGUCAUUUAUGUUGCUUUUGUGCUGGUAGUCUGUGCAGUAUUUUCAAAGACCUGGAUCGAAGUCUCUGGUACUUCUCCUCGUGAUAUUGCCAAGCAAUUCAGAGAGCAGGGCAUGGUCAUCAACGGCAAGAGGGAGACGAGUGUUUACAGGGAGUUGAAGAAGAUCAUUCCUACUGCAGCUGCCUUUGGUGGUGCCACCAUCGGUGCUUUAUCUGUUUGCUCAGACUUCCUGGGCACUCUGGGCUCGGGAACCUCAAUCUUAAUGGCUACAACCACAAUCUACGGUUACUACGAGAUGGCCGCUAAAGAAGGUGGCUUUUCCAAGAACUUGGUGGCUGGUGUCUCCGAAUUGAUGUAA